AUGAUGGAGCCUACAUCCUCCUACCUUUCUGGAUACUGUAUGUGCUUGAUUCUCUUGCAUAUGAUGACAUUAACUUCAGAGAAACUGAUGGUGACUGUUCCCAAGGGGCACUUUGUGGCUAGAGUAGGAGGACAGGCUGCUCUCAGCUGCCAGUUGUCCCCACCACAAAGUGCAGAGCACAUGGAGGUGUGCUGGUUCAAGGGUGACAAUUCCCAGCUUGUUUACCUAUACAGAAGUGGUCAUGAAGUAAAUGGAGAAGCUGCCCCUGAAUAUAUAAAUCGCACAGAGUUUGUGAAAGAGGCCAUGGGGGAGGGUAAAGUGACCCUCAAAAUUCAUAAUGUCAGCAUUUCUGAUAAUGGACCAUACAGGUGUUCAUUUAAAGGCACUGACUUCAGUGAUGCAGCCGGCAUGAACUUACAUGUGGCAGCACUUGGCUUGGAGACACAGAUUCAUGUCCAGGUUCCUGUUAGUGAUGGACUCGUGGUGGAGUGUAACUCAGGAGGGUGGUUUCCACAGCCCCAAAUGGAGUGGAGAAACAGCAGGGGAGAGGUCGUUCCAUAUUCAUCAAAAUCAUACUCCCAGGAUGGAGCCAGAUUGUUCCACAUGAAGAUGACUCUUUUCCUCAGAAACCGGUCAGAGAGCAUUAUGUGCUGUUCCAACCCUGUAACAGGGGAAGAGAAAUUAACAAGUAUCAUCCUAGCAAGUGCCCUCUUUAAUAAGGACUACCUUAGAGUGAAUGUUUUAUUUUCAGUUCCAUGUAUAAUAUUACUUUUGAAGUCAAUGUACAUGUGCCUUUCCUAUUACUCCCAAAAAGAUCCUUUCUUUUCCUUGUACAAUAGCUGGAUGAAGGACGUAAUAUUUGUGAUAGUUGUUUUGGCGGGGUGCCGGGUGCGUCCUCCACCACCACCUGCAGCGUCCUGCUCCACAAGCAGCCUCAUGGCGAGGGGCGGGGAAGGGCCGGCUGGAAAGUCCUUGCUGUGCAGUGACCAGCUUGCACACUCGGCAGCUGCCACGCCGUGCCGCUUCAUGCACCCUCUGGUGACGAAAAGUGUUUAG